AUGCCCCCAUCAACCCUCUUUGUGGCUGAGAAACGUCUGACAGGGAAAGCUACUGUUUCAAAUGAUGGAGCCACUAUAUUGAAGCUUCUCGACGUUGUUCAUCCAGCUGCAAAAACCCUUGUGGACAUUGCAAAAUCACAGGAUGCUGAGGUGGGAGAUGGGACCACAUCUGUUAUCCUACUAGCCGCAGAAUUUCUGAGACAGAUCAAACCCUAUGUGGAAGAGGGGCUUCACCCCCAGAUUAUCAUCCGAUCUUUCCGUAGAGCUACAGAGCUGGCCUUGGAAAAGAUCAAAGCCAUUGCUGUAACUGUGAAGAAAGACAGCAAGGAGCAUCAAAGAGAACUUUUUGAGAAAUGUGCCGCUACUGCUCUCAGCUCCAAACUGAUUGCCCUUCAGAAAGGUUUCUUCUCCAAGAUGGUGGUAGAUGCAGUCAUGAUGCUGGAUGACCUUCUUCCACUGAAAAUGAUUGGGAUGAAGAAAGUUCAAGGGGGAGGUCUGGAGGAAUCUCAACUGAUAGCUGGCGUUGCCUUUAAGAAAACAUUCUCUUAUGCUGGAUUUGAAAUGCAACCCAAGAAGUAUGAGAAACCUAAAAUUGCACUUCUGAAUGUGGAGCUAGAGCUCAAAGCUGAGAAGGAUAAUGCUGAGAUUCGGGUGAACAAUGUUGAGGACUAUCAGGCUAUUGUUGAUGCAGAAUGGAAUAUCCUUUAUGAUAAACUUGAGAAAAUCCACCUGUCCGGGGCCAAGGUUGUUCUGUCUAAGCUUCCAAUUGGAGAUGUGGCAACACAGUAUUUUGCAGACAGAGACAUGUUCUGUGCUGGCAGGGUCCCAGAGGAGGAUCUCAAACGAACUAUGAUGGCCUGUGGUGGUUCUAUUCAGACCAGCGUUAAUGCCUUGACAGGUGACGUGUUGGGACAGUGCACACUCUUUGAGGAAGCCCAGGUUGGAAGUGAAAGAUACAACUUCUUCACUGGGUGUCCCAAGGCCAAGACCUGUACGAUCAUUCUUCGAGGGGGUUCAGAGCAGUUUAUGGAAGAAACUGAGCGUUCCCUUCAUGAUGCAAUAAUGAUUGUUAGACGAGCCAUCAAGAAUGACUCUGUUGUUGCCGGGGGUGGUGCUAUUGAGAUGGAAAUCUCCAAACACCUACGAGAUUAUUCCAGAACCAUCCCUGGUAAACAGCAGCUGCUGAUUGGGGCAUAUGCCAAGGCCCUGGAGGUGAUUCCCCGACAACUGUGUGACAAUGCUGGUUUUGAUGCCACAAACAUCCUCAAUAAGUUGCGUGCCAAACAUGCUCAGGGUGGAAUGUGGUAUGGAGUUGAUGUGAACAACGAAGAUAUUGCCGAUAAUUUUGAGUCUUGUGUUUGGGAACCUGCUGUGGUGCGCAUCAAUGCAUUCACUGCUGCCUCAGAGGCAGCCUGCUUGAUCCUGUCUGUUGAUGAGACCAUCAAAAAUCCACGCUCCACUGUGGACUCAUCAGCCCUGCCAAAGGGCCGGGGUAGAGGCAGGCCACAUGCUCACUGAGGCAACUUGGCAAGUGGUUUCUGCUUGUUCUGUCCUGAUACCAGUAACUACCAAGAAGCUGCAGAGCCCACCUGGCACCAUGGCCUAACACCGUGUUGUCCCUGGACUCACUGCUACCGGUUUCUUCACGUUAUUACUCUAGAAUCAGACCCCAGGAACAGCAGCAUUUAGCUCUAUUUAUUGUUUUCAUCACUUAUUUGUGGACAGAAAUGUCUGUGGAAAAUAAAGUUCCAGUUUUUUGGCAA